AUUAUGGCACCGAGGAGAAUGGAGACCAAGCCGGUGAUAACGUGCCUCAAGACCCUCCUCAUCGUCUACUCCUUCGUCUUCUGGAUAACUGGAGUUAUUCUUCUUGCUGUUGGUGUCUGGGGGAAGCUGACUUUAGGCACAUAUAUUUCUCUCAUUGCUGAAAACUCCACUAAUGCCCCCUAUGUCCUCAUUGGGACAGGCACCACGAUCAUUGUCUUUGGGUUGUUUGGAUGUUUUGCCACUUGCCGUGGGAGCCCAUGGAUGCUGAAACUGUAUGCUAUGUUCUUGUCCCUGGUUUUCCUGGCUGAGCUGGUGGCUGGUAUUUCAGGCUUUGUGUUUCGCCAUGAGAUCAAGGACACCUUCCUUAGAACAUACACUGAUGCCAUCGUGCAUUACGAUGGAGUUGACGAGAAGAGCCAUGCAGUGGAUGAUGUACAACAGAGUCUGAGUUGCUGUGGUAUCCAGAGCUACACCAACUGGAGCAUCAGCACUUACUUCACCAACCAUGGCAUCCCCCCAAGCUGUUGCAUGAAUUCCAGUGACUGUAAUAUCCAGGACCUGCAAAACAUGACGGUUGCCGCUACUAAAGUGAAUCAAAAGGGCUGUUAUGAUUUGGUGACCAGUUUUAUGGAGACUAAUAUGGGGAUCAUAGCUGGAGUGGCUUUUGGAAUUGCAUUCUCACAGUUGAUUGGAAUGCUCCUGGCAUGCUGUCUGUCCCGAUUUAUUACUGCCAAUCAGUAUGAGAUGGUGUAAGAAGGGUGUGUGAAAUACAGCACCUGUU